GCCACAGCGAGCGAAGCGAAGCGGAAGCUCUCACUCCCACACGAUAUAAAAAUUUGCUCCACGCACACACGAUCGCGUCCCCCGUGCCCGCCGAUUAAACUAGCAGCAGCGGCGACCUCCCGAUAGCCACCAUCCUCCUCCUCCUCCUCCUCGCUCUCAAGCUUUUGUGAUAGAUAGGUAGGCGGAGGCGUAGCUUGAGAGGCGGGAGAGGUCGGGAGGAGCGAGAGUAAAGGUGGUUUCAGCUCGUUGGUCGGUCAGUUGGAAAGGCACUGAUCUUUUUUCUUCUUCUCUUUUUUCUCGGGGCUGCUGAAUUGGUGGUGGAGUGGAUUGGAUUGGAUUUGUGAGUUUGUGUUCAUGGCGAGGAGGCGGAGAUAGCAGGAGGUUGGGUUGGGUUGUUGAUUUGGAGCUUGAGGUGAGGUGGUGGAGCAGAGGGGAUCAAGGGGGGGAAGGAGGGAGGGAGAGGUGUGAGGUGAUGUACGGCUCGCCGGUUUCCAAGGAUCUGAACCUCCCGGUGCAGCCGCCGAUGAGCUCGUCCGGCCUGCUGAGGUACAGAUCGGCGCCGAGCUCGCUGCUCGGCGAGUUCUGCGACGACUUCCUCCCGCCCGCGCCACGCGCCGCCAGCCCCGACGCCGCCGACAACGUCUUCUCCCGCUUCCUGGCCGACCACCAGAUCCGGGACAAGUCUCCCGCGCCGCCGCCGCCGCCGCCCCCCGCCGCCGCGCACUUUCCCGACGACCCCACCAUGGCCUCCCACCACCACCACAACCAGAUGAUGUUCCAGCAUCAGCCGCCACACAUGCCCUCUGUCGAGGGCCUCUACCGCACCGUCAGCUCCACCGGGAUUGACGCCGGCGGCGGCGGCGGCGGCGGCGGCGGCAGCCUGAUCCGUCAGAGCAGCUCCCCUGCCGGAUUCCUCAAUCAUUUGAGCAUGGACAACGGGUACGGGAGCAUGCUACGGGCGGGCAUGGCUGCCGGCGCCGGCGGAGGCGUUGGGUUCAGGAACGGCGCUAACGCUGCGGCGGCCGACUCCCCCGGCGGCAGCGGCGGCGGGGGCAGGCUGAAGGGGCAGCUCAGCUUCUCGUCGCGGCAGGGGUCGCUGAUGUCGCAGAUCUCGGAGAUGGGCAGCGAGGAGCUCGGCGGCAGCAGCCCCGAGGGCGCCGGCGGCGGAGGCGGCGGCGGGCGGGGUUACCUCUCCGGGUACCCGAUGAGCAGCUCCGGGUGGGAGGAGUCGUCGCUCAUGCCGGAGAACAUCUCCGGCGUGAAGCGCCAGCGCGAGUCGUCGGAGCCCGCCCAGAACGGCGGCGGCGGCCUCGCUCACCAGUUCAGCCUGCCCAAGACGUCGUCGGAGAUGGCCGCCAUCGAGAAGUUCCUCCAGUUCCAGGACGCGGUGCCCUGCAAGAUCCGCGCCAAGCGGGGCUGCGCCACGCACCCGCGCAGCAUCGCCGAGCGGGUGAGGAGGACAAGGAUCAGCGAGCGAAUCAGGAAGCUGCAAGAACUCGUCCCCAACAUGGACAAGCAAACCAACACCGCUGACAUGCUGGAUUUGGCUGUUGACUACAUCAAGGAUCUUCAGAAGCAGGUCAAGGUGUUAAGCGACAGCCGAGCUAGCUGCACCUGCUCAGCGAGUAAGCAUCAGCAGUACUCUGGCUAGAAAAAAAAGCUCUGUACACGUCCUGGAGACUCUGAGAAAAGAACACACGAUUGUUUUUUGGAGAUUAGCUAGGCAAAGCCAAGAUCUCUGAAGAUGUGUAAUGGUUAAUUUCAUUUGUUUGGGGGUUUCUAGAGAGGCAUACGGAAGAAAAGCUUGUGUGCCAGGCACUGCAUAAGCAAAAGGGGCAAUGGAGCAGUGGCAUCAUCAGGAUUCAUCAAAGUGAUGAGGGAAAAGAAGAACAGAAAGAAGAACACAGGGAGAAGGGGCCGGCGAUGGGAGGAACAAUUGUAUAGUUUUCUUGUAACUUUUGCCCCCAUGUCCAGUGCAUUUUCGACAGUAGAGAAGUUACUGCUAGUAAUAAGUUUGUAGGUUUGUAGCAUCAUUUAACACCAUGGCUCUGACCGACCUGCUCAUAUCGCCAAUAAAUACUAUUGCAGUGUGGUUUCGUCC